CCCAGGGAAAAUAUCAAGGAAAAGGAGAAAAUCGAAACCCAGCCAGAGGAGUCCGAAGAACGGGAGCCCGCAGCUCCGAGAGGGCGUAAGACGGCCAACCGCCAAGGCCGAAGGAAAGGCCGGGUCACCCGAUCGAUGACGAACGAAGCCGCGGCGGCGAACGCGGCUGCAGCGGCCGCCGCCGAAGAGCCACCCCCACCUCUGCCGCCCCCGCCAGAACCCUCUUCCGCGGAGCCAGUAGAGACCUCGCGCUGGACGGAAGAAGAGAUGGAGGUUGCAAAAAAAGGGCUGGUGGAACACGGGCGCAACUGGGCCGCCAUCGCCAAAAUGGUGGGGACAAAGAGCGAAGCCCAGUGCAAGAACUUCUACUUCAACUACAAACGGAGGCACAACCUGGACAGCCUCCUUCAGCAGUACAAGCAGAAGUCUUCUCGAAGGCCGCGCGAGGAACGGGACGUUUCUCAGUGCGAGAGCGUGGCGUCCACCGUCUCCGCGCAGGAGGAUGAGGACAUCGAGGUCUCCAACGAGGAAGAGAACCCGGAAGACAGCGAAGGUGCCGAAAACAGCUCCGAUACGGAAAGCGCCCCGUCUCCUUCUCCGACGGAGACUUCGAAACCUUUAGAAGACGCCCCACCGGACAGCAGCUCUUCCCAGAUCACCACCGAGGCGGCGGCUGAGCAGGACUCUGCCAUCAAACCGGCUCCCAGCGCUUCCCCUCCCUCGGCCACCCCCGGCACGAAGGCGGCCGAGAGCGAAGGGGCCGAGCUGCAGGUCAAACAAGAAGCCAAAUCCGAAGUGGAGGAGCUGAUGGAGACGGAGAGCAGCAUCUCCCUGGUGGACACCAAGCCCGUCCUCAAUCUGGCUGCGGGGACCAAACUGGAGCCCGUAGAGAUGGACACCAAGCCGCCCUUAGACAUUCAGGUCAAGUUGGAGAACGAGGUCAAGGAGAGGGACGAGGACGGGCCGAAGGAGAAGCUGGAGCCGGAUGGAGGGGACUUCGGCUCGAGCCACCCGGCCAGCGUCCAGAGGAUGGAACCCAGCUCGGACAACGACUCCAGCGCCACUUGCAGUGCCGAUGAAGAGGUGGACGGGGAGCCCGAGAGGCAGAGGAUCUUUACAAUGGACUCCAAGCCUUCCCUGUUAAACCCCACCGGACCCCUGCUGGUAUCAUCUGCGAUUAAACAAGGACCGAUGGAUUUGCAGCAGCUUCAGCACCGGGCAGCCAUCAUACCACCCAUGGAACGGCUGCCCAUGAUCCCCGGCUUCCCCACUAGCGGCUACACGCUUCUCCAUCAGCACAUCAAGGCUAUGCACAAGUCCAGCGUCUUGGAGGAACAGCAGCGCCAGAGGCAAGAGCAGAUGGAGGUGGAUUUCCGCAGGGCCUAUCCCUGCGGCUCUUCGAAGAGCCCGAACAUCGAGUGGGAUGCAAAGACAGUCGCCUACAUGCCUUACGCCGAUGUCAAAAGGGCCAUGGAUCAGGAAGCCCAGAUGCAAAACGCAGCGGCCCGAUCGGGCUCGCCUUACCGCCUCUCACCCCGGGACAUGAACAAGGCUUCGCCCCAGCCGGACAUGAAUGCCGCCCGUUACAGUGUCCCUCCAGUCCUGCAGCCGGCUCCCCAUCAAGUCAUCACCAAUCUCCCGGAAGGGGUCCGGCCCCCGCCUACCCGGCCCACCCGGCCGCCCCCACCUCUGAUCCCCUCCUCCAAGACGGUGCUGCCUUCCGAGAAGCCCUCCUUCAUCAUGGGAGGCUCCAUUUCACAAGGGACACCGGGCACUUACCUGUCUCACAGUCAGAGCUCUUACGGCCAGGAACCGGCCAAACCACCUGGAGGCUCCAUUUCGCUCGGCCUGCCAAGGCAGCAGGAUUCCAAGUCAGUUUCCCUGCCCUACAUCAAGCAAGAGGAAUUUUCACCCCGGAGCCAAAAUUCACAACAGCCCGAAGGCCUGUUGGUAAGAGCUCAGCACGAGGGAGUCGUCCGAGGUACGACCACCAUCCAAGAAGGGAGCAUCACUCGGGGGACUCCCACCUGCAAAGUUUCCAUGGAAGCGAUGCCUGCUUUGCGUGGCUCCAUCACUCAGGGAACUCCAGCCCUCCCCCAGGCUGGAAUUGCAGCCGACGUUCUGCUCAAAGGAACCAUCACCCGUCUGGCUACAGAGGACAGCAGUCCGGAAAAGAACCGAGAAGAAGCCGCGACCUCCAAAGGCCACGUCAUCUACGAGGGCAAAAGUGGCCAUAUCAUUACUUACGAUGCCAUCAAGAAUGUCCGGGAAGGAACGCGGAGUCCAAGAACGGCUCACGACAUGAGCCUCAAACGGACAUACGAAGCCAUGGAAGGGAACAUCAAACAAGGGAUGUCAAUGAGAGAAUCUCCCGUCUCGGCACCUUUAGAAGGCUUAAUCUGCCGGGCUGUACCUCAAGGGAGUCCCCACUCCGACAUGAAGGAGAGGACCGUGUUGUCGGGUUCAAUAAUGCAAGGCACCCCGCGAUCCACCGCGGAGAGCUACGAAAUCGGACUCAAGUACCCGAAGAUCAAGCGGGAAUCUCCUCCCAUGAGGACCUUUGAGGGAGCCAUCGCCAAGGCCAAACUCUACGACGGGGUCACCACCAUCAAGGAGAUGGGGCGCUCCAUCCACGAAAUCCCCCGGCAGGAGCUGUUGAAUCAGGAAAGCCAGAAGAACCCCGACAUGAUCCCUAACGUCCGUCCCAUCAUCGAAGGAUCCAUCUCGCAGGGUACGCCCAUCAAGUACGAAAGCAGCUCCUGCCAGUCGGCCAUCAAACACAACGUCAAGUCCCUGAUCACCGGGCCCAGCAAGCUGUCGCGAGGCAUGCCGCCCAUGGAGAUGAUGCCCGAGAACAUGAAAGUGGUGGAACGCGGAAAACACGAAGACCCCAAGGCUGGAGAGAUGCAUUCUCGCCACACCUCGGUGGUCAGCUCGGGACACUCCGUCCUGCGGUCAACACUCCACGAAGCUCCCAAGUCUCAAGUCAGUCCGGGGAUCUACGAGGAUGCCAACGCCAGGAGGACGCCGGUGGGCUAUCAAAGCAUGUCCAGAAGUUCGCCCAUGAUGAACCGGGCUGAAGGCAACCUUUCUUCGGGGAAGCCCUUGAACCACGAGAGGAAGUCCACUUUGACGCCGACGCAAAGGGAGAGCGUCCCGGCUAAAUCUCCGGUCCCGGGGGUUGAGCCCGUGGUCACUCACAGCCCCUUCGACCCCCACCACCGAGGGGCAGCCCCCGAGGUUUACAGGAGCCAUCUCUCGCCUCACCUGGACCCGGCCAUCCAGUUCCACAGAGCUUUGGAUCCCACGACCGCCUACAUGUUCCAGCGGCAGCUGUCGCCCACGCCGGGCUACCCCAGCCAAUACCAGCUUUACGCCAUGGAGAACACGCGGCAAACCAUCCUGAACGACUACAUCACGUCGCAGCAGAUGCAGGUCAACCUGCGGCCGGACCUUGCGCGAGGACUGUCCCCACGAGAACAGACCUUGGCGCUUCCCUACGCAGGGGCCAGAGGAAUCAUCGACCUGAACAGCAUGGCGCCCACCAUCUUGGUGCCCCACCCCGGGGGGCCAAGCACGCCCCCGAUGGAGAGGAUUACCUACAUUCCUGGCACUCAGCUGGCGUUCCCCACCAGGCCUUACAACCCGCCCUCCAUGUCGCCAGGACACCCGUCUCACCUACCGGCCUCCGUAGUCGCCAGUGCGGAGAGGGAAAGGGAGAGGGAGAAAGAACGAGAGCGUGAACGAGAACGAGAGCGGGAGAGAAUCUCGUCCACUCCCACGGAUCUCUACCUUCGCCCAGGCAACGAGCCGUCAGGGAAAGGAGGCAGCCACGGCUACGUCCGCUCCCCGUCGCCUUCCGUCCGGAGCCAGGAAUCCAUCCUCCAGCAACGGCCCAGCAUCUUUCAGGGCUCCAACGGGACCAGCGUCAUCAGCCCGCUGGAUCCGUCCGCCCAGCUGCGCAUCAUGCAGCUGCCCCCCGGCGCUCCCUCCAUCACCCAAGGCCUGCCAUCCUCCCGCUACAGCACCGCCGCCGACGCAUUGGCUGCUCUGGUGGACGCAGCCGCCUCCGCCCCGCAGAUGGAAGUGGCCAAGUCCAAAGAGGGAAAGCACGACGGCGGCGGCCGGAUAGAGGAGAACCCGGGGCGCAGGUCCUCGGUGGUCAGCGAGCAGCCGCCGCCACCUCCGCCACCGAUGGAGCAGAAGGCGCUGGACGGGGAGAAGAGGGGAGCUUCGGGUCCUUAUGUCUCCUCAGCUUCGGCGACUUUCUCCGCCAGCAAAUCCCAGAACCUGCCGUCUUCAGCCAUCUACUCCGAGGCCGGGAAAGACAAAGGGCCCCCCUCCAUCUCGAAGUACGAGGAGGAACUCCGCACGCGGGGCAAGACCACCAUCACCGCCGCCAAUUUUAUCGACGUGAUCAUCACGCGACAGAUCGCCUCCGACAAGGACGCCCGCGAUCGCGGCUCGCAGAGCUCGGAUUCGUCCGGCAGCCUAUCCUCGUCUUCGCACCGCUACGAGCCUUCGAGAGACGCCAUUGAGGUGAUCAGCCCCGCCAACUCCCCAGUCCCCGCUCAGGAGAAGAUGUCCCCUUACCAGCAGGAGCCCCCCAAAAUGAACCCAGGAGAAAGAGACUGCGGCCGCCAGUACGAGGGGUCCAGCCAUCCUUACAGACCCGCGCAGGAUUCGCCCUCGCCACAGCAACCGCCGUGCCAGCAGCAGCCCCAGGCACCCCCAGCACCACAGACGGCCCCUCCACCCGUCCAGACUCACCGUGUGAUCACCUUGGCCGACCACAUCUGUCAAAUCAUCACGCAGGAUUUUGCCCGCAGCCAGGCGUCCAACCAGCCUUCCCUUCCGACUCCCACCAGCACAUUCCAGACCUCGGCUCUGACCUCCGUCACCACGACAAACCGGGCCAAGGCUUCGAACCGCUACAGCCCUGACAUCCAGGUGCAAGCCGCCCCCCACCAGCGCCCGGGGUCCCGGAUGUCCCCCGAAAACCUCUCUGAGAAAAGCAGGGGCAGGUAACCUCCCCUCCUUCCC